CCGCGCGCGAGCGUACACGGGUACGUACCGAUAGUUUCGAAAAAGAAAAAAAAAAACAAAAACAACGGAGUCAUAUACGUACGCUCGUACGCGGCGUCCAGUUAAAUUUCGCGUCGCAAAAGCCGUGUACCAGCAGUAUAUAGCUAUAGGCAGCGUAACCGUAGAGUCAAAGAGGUAUAUAUAUAUAAGUAACAUAUAUACCCACACAGACGUGUACACACAGGCAUGGGAGGAGAGGCAUCUUCGAGAGGCGCCGAGCUAAGAGAGCUAUUAGAGCUCAGUCGCCUCUGCGGCGCGUACGCCAACGCGUCGUUGUCCUCCUCUACCUCCUCCUCCUCCUCCACCACCUCUUCAUCCUCGUGCUGCCGCGAGUGCUGCUACUGCUGCUGUUUAACGUCGUCGUCGUCUAGUUGCUUCAUUCAUAAAUACGUUGACAUGAGCACACGCCGAGCGACUGACUGACUGACUGCUCGACUGGCGCGUCCAAGUGCGUUUGUGUAUUAUUGUUAUACUCCGUUCUGUCUCACGCGUGUGUGUAUAUUUGUGUGCGCGAGUGAUCAUUCGCGCGGCUCUGCGUGCGUUGUUUAUUUCGGAGAGGCCUCUCGGUGAUAAGAGUCACCGUCGGCGGUAAAUAUAUAGUUCUCGUGGUGAGCUGCAUUUGUGUGCGUGUGUAUACUACAUUCUCUCUGUAAUUCACAGAGAGAGCUUACACGCGAGAUAUAAUAAGGGACCAGCAGCGUCGGUACGAUGAGCGGCCAGCAGCCACGAGCGGACACCGCGACUGCAGCGAUCCCGAGAGUUCAUCGACGUUGAGGCAUCGAGCGCACACAUUUCCCAAGAUGACGAUGACGAGCCAGGUAUCGCUCUCGGCGCAGCAGUAAAAUUCCGAAACUCGCCGCAGCGAAACUAAAGAAACAAAAAAAAAACCAACCAAAAGCCAACCGGAGACGUAUACACGCGAAAAUGUCUGCGGUCAGCGUGACGACGCACUGCCCCACCGGUCGCGACAAUCGCGGCUGGUGCGCCAAAACGAUCGAGCGUCAAGUCGCGCGGCUUCGUCGCGUGCGCAACGGAGGCGGAGUGGUGCCUUGCGGCAAUCGCGUCGAUCCGGGCCGAGUCGAGCUACCCGGCUGCGAGUUCUUCCAGCUGGCGCCCGAUCGGGUGCUGCGAGUGCUGAGGCCGGAAUUGAAAUCGGCCUCGAGGUACUACGAGCCAAGGGAGAGCCGCCGCGAGUCCAGGCCCGAGUCGCUGGCCGACAAUUUUUACUCGCGAUGGCAGCGUCGACCGCACCCGCUGGACAAUUGCCGCUGCUCGUUCAGACAGUCGCUGCAGCAGCAGCAAAACAAGACGAAGACCAGCGUCGGCGAACAGGAGGCGAUAAUCUCGCAGGAAAUAGCGAGGAUCCGUACGAGCCUGUGCGAGGCCGAGAGGAGCGGCCUGGGCAUCGAGGAGUUGGAGAAGAGCAUCGCCGUGGAUCGCCUGACGCAGCUCGAGGCUCUGCCGCCGCCCUGCGUCGGCCGAGUGCAGGAGAGCUCGAUCGUGGAUCUGGCCGGGCGCGAGCAGUGCCGGGUCGAGGGCAAGAUCGAGCCGCUCGACGAUCAGGUGAAGAAGAGGAUAGUCAAGGGCCUGGACAAGUACAUAAGCGAUCUGCUGGACGAGAUACUCGACGACACGAUCAGGGCUUUGGCUCGUUCCGACGAUCCGUUCGAUCGCAGCAAGAGAAAAGAGGCCGACGACGCGGAGACGACGAACAAGCCACAGCCAGCCGCGUUCGACAUCAGUUUCGCCUUUCACGAGGGCGGCGACAAGGACGACAGUAGCUACGUCAAUCGUGGCUUCGUCGUGUCGGACAACGAUCCGGAAACGCUGGACUUCCAUCUGAGAAGCAACAGCGACAGCAGCGACAACAACAACGACAACAAGCCGGCCGGUGGCGAGAAUUCCGCCCUGGACAAUCCGGACUACAUCGACUCGGGCAUCAACAGCGUCGAGACGAUCGAGCUGCAGUCGUCGUCGAGCGGUGGCGGUGGCGGAGCCGAGCAACUGGAGCACAAUUUGGAGCAGUCGCUGAUCGACAUAAUCGACGCGAAGCUCGGUGGAGCGUCGAUCGGCAAGUCACUGGAGGAUCUGGGUAUGGAGAUCGACGAGGUGGAUGACGUCAGAAUGAGUCAACCAUCGGAAACGCCGAUAAAGAGAGCGAGAACGCCGAAAGUCAAAGCAGCGGUACAACAGGCGACGAACGGACUGCCGAUCGCUCGCUCCGACGCUCCGGAAAAAAAGACGAUCACCGACACAACGACGAGCUCCGAGCGAGGCUCCAAGUGUCUCGACGAGCUCGUCGAGGAGCAGCAGCCGCCCUUCAACAGUCUGCGCCUCGAAUUCAAGCGCAGGAGCGGCAGCAGCGGCAGCGGUACCGGAAGCACCACCAAAGGACCUUCCGGCAACAAGGACAAGACGUCCUCGCCGAGCCACACGAACGCCGUGACCUCGCGCGUCAACAAGACCGUCUCGGUGAUCAGGCAGCGUCUGGUCAUGCGGCUGGGCAAGCCGCGGAGAAAACAGACGACGACGAGCCCGACGAAAAAAUCAUCGCAGGCUAACGGAGGCCAGAGAUCGUCGCUCGAGCUCGAGGAUUAUCGGCGACGCUUUCCCGUGCCCGAGCACAGGCAGCAGCUGGCCGACAACAACAACAGCAUCAACAAAAACAAUAACAACAACAACAACGAGAUGGAAGUCACUUUGAGAAAGAAUCGGCAUCGCAAACCGAUCCUCGUGUUUCUCCACGGUUUCGGCUCGUCGGCGGACACGUUCGAGCCGCAGCUCAGGUACUUCUCGAAUCUCGGCUAUCCGUGCAUCGCGCCCGAACUGCUGGGCCACGGCAUGAGCACCGCGUCCCGACGCGCCAAGGACUAUCGCUUCCUGAAUCUGCUCAAGGAUCUCGAGACGGUGCUGCUGUAUUACGCCUUCAAGCCCGGCCAGAAGUGCGUCAUCAUAGCGCACAAUUACGGGUGCAGCUUCGCCAGCGCCCUGGCCAGCAAGUACCAGUCGUACGUGCAGCACCUGAUCCUGAUAUCGGGCGGCGGGCCGACCUGCCUGGCGCCGCCCACGCAGGAGGGCGCCUGCUACGACGCGCUGCGCGCCCUCGUCUCGCCCUUCGUCAUAUGCGGCCUGCAGCGCUCGUUGCUGUACGGGCCGAGGGGCCGACAGCAUCCCUACUGCGGCUACGAGGCCGACGAGCGCCAGCGGCCGUCGCACAUGAGGCAUGUGCUUCGAGGCAUGUCCUGGCCCGAGGGCGACUACGUGUUUCAUCGGCGCAUCAACACGCCGACCCUGUUGAUACACGGACUGAGGGACGACAAGGUGUCGCUCGUGCAGGAGUGCCAGAUGGAGAGGACAAUGAUCAAGGCGUUUUUAGAAGCCAUUCCGGCCGCGGGUCACAUGCCGAUGACCGAUUGCCCGGAACAGUUGAAUCACAUGAUACAUUGUUUCAUCGAUUUGUGGAAAAACAAAAAGUGGUGAUGUGCUUGUCUCUUGGUUUUU